GACUCGGAACAAUGAAUGUGUACAGGAACCACGUGGUCGAAUCAUCUGCCCAGCCUUGAGAUUGAGCACAGAGCCCCGAAGGUGGAGAGAGAAUACGAAAUAGAAAGCAAAAAGAAGAGAGAAGCGUCCGAUCCUUCUCCCAUUCCCAUCGAUCUCACUCUCGCGCCAAAUACAAAUUCUCCACAUCCCCCCAGGUUUCCUGCAACCAUGGCUGAUGCUCCGGCCAGUCCCGGCGCUGGUGGUAGCCACGAGAGCGGUGAUCAGAGCCCCCGCUCUAAUGUCCGAGAGCAGGACAGAUACCUGCCCAUCGCCAAUAUCAGUCGAAUCAUGAAGAAGGCGCUUCCUGCUAAUGGAAAAAUCGCAAAGGAUGCCAAGGAGACUGUGCAGGAAUGCGUUUCCGAGUUCAUCAGCUUUAUCACCAGCGAGGCGAGUGACAAGUGUCAGAGGGAAAAGAGGAAGACCAUUAACGGCGAUGAUUUACUGUGGGCAAUGGCGACUCUGGGGUUCGAGGAUUACAUCGAUCCCCUGAAGAUUUAUCUGAGCAGAUACAGAGAGUUGUUGCAGAUGGAGGGUGAUACCAAGGGUUCGGCAAAGGGUGGAGAAGUAUCUACCAAGAAAGAUGUUCAACCAAGUCCUAAUGCUCAGCUUGCUCAUCAAGGUUCUUUCUCGCAAGGUGUCAGCUAUACAAAUUCUCAGUUACUAGGCGCAAACAAUUUGGUUUAUGACAGUGAUGGGAUGCAAGACUUGAUGACAUAUCCUUCAUAGCAGGAGUUUCCAGCCUCAGGUUCAACGUAUGAUGGUUCCAAUGCAAGGCCCAGAAUAGGUGUAUUCACACUCCGUCAAUAAGUUGUGGGAUUUGAAUGUUAUUGGAGAUUUGGCAAUCGCCAGUGGCAAUUCGACAUGUUUAGUGCAUUUAUGACAUUAGGUGAUGUUGGUUCUCGUUUCCGGAUUUUUUUAAUUUUCUCCCUUCGCGGUCUGUAUAUUAUAUUUGAAGCAGCAUUGUUGUUUCAUAGUGUUAAUGUAAAUGCCGGAACCAAGUAUGCUUCACUGGUUCUAUCUGGUGUUGUGGCGUACCAAAUAUUCUAUUUUUGCCUUUGGAUAUCUGGAAGUAUUAUUUGCUCGUCA